UGUGAGUUCGGCGCGAUCGUGAAAGCGAAUAGUGAUUGUUUAUCUUGAUUUAUACAAUGGAUUUUACCAUCGGGAGCUUUUGUAGCGCAAUAAAUUGCAGCAGCAAUAGGAAGAAGACACCACAGCUGUCUUUUUUAGGUUUACUAAGGAUCCUGAUAGGAGCAAAAAAAUGGCUUGUUAAUAGCAGACGAGAAGACCUUAUGAAGAAAGACCCGGUUUACCUGUAUAAUAAUAUUAGGUUUUGUUCGCUACAUUUCGAACAAGACCAGGUCAUGAACGCAGACAAUAACAAACUCGUGUGGAAUGCAGUAUGCACACUGUUUGACAUUCCAGAUAAGCCACCUCAACUGACGAUGAAGAAGAAGCUGCCACAAAGAUUCGACAGUCAAUCUAAAGCUGUAAAACAGCCCUAUGACAGAAGCAGCUAGUUCAACUCUCCAUUUAUUAGUGCCAGAUUCGUGAGAAUCAUCAACACAAGACCUGCUUUGACGAUGAAGUGGUUAGAUUAAGUGCAGCUGCUCGUGUCUUACAAAAGCGUGUGAAGUGUCAGAAUGUGCAGAUCACUAGACUUCGAGCGAAUCUAUUAUGGGACAAGGAAACUGCCUACAGACAGAUUGUUCGAAAAUUAAUCAAAUUUUUGGUUUUUCGUGAAAUGUAAUGUAAUCAGCUCAUUAUGGUUUCAGCAUAUUUCUCCCACUAUUUGUCAGUUGCUUGUCCCACGUAGAAUAAUAUAAAGAUGAAGGUCGUGGAAACAAGUGACAAUGACAAACACAGUAGGCCUACAGAACGGUAAACGAGCUGUCCAUCGCUUUUGCAUGUGGAGGUACAGGUCUGUGCUUCUUACAUGUGAAUCUGUGUGUUUACAUUCUUUUGAUAUCAACGUGGUAAGCUGCAAUUCUGUCCAAUGUCACAAAUGUUUCUUCACGAAUGUGUUGU